AUGUUGACAGAAAUUGUCAAUUUCCUUAGAGACACUUUUCGUUUAGGAGGACACCUGACUGAACUCUCUCUAUCCUAUGAUUCAUUGCAACAUUUCAUCCACAAUCAUAAUUUGUCUCUUUUUCGUUGUCUUGAAAAUUCUAAUUUCUUUGCACUCUCACUCUUUAAGCCUCUCCAUUUCUUUGUCCUCUCACUUUCUAUCAAUUCCUCCCCUUUCUUUCCACUCUUUCCAUUUUCUUUGCCUCUCUCACCUCUCUUGUUGAAGUUGUCCUAUCUCUUUUCCUCCCUUGGCUCAUUUGCCGAAGUCGUCACCCCUCUUUGCCCCCCUGGCUCCUAUCGCUCAAGUCGCCCACCUCUUUGCCCCCCCUCCCUAUCGCUCGUCGCCCCCCUCUUGCCCCCCCUUCUAUCUAUCGCUGAAGUCGUCCCCCUCUUUGCCCCCUCCCGGCUCCUAUCGCUGAAGUCUCGUUCCCUCUCUUUGACCCCCCCCCUCCGGCUCCUAUCACCGAAGUCGUUCCCUCUCUUUGACCCCCUCCUCCCGGCUCCUAUCGCCAAAGUCGUCCCCUCUCUUUGA